GCUCUGGUUCCUGUAUCACUCAGGUCGUGUCACAUCCAUUUCUACAUACCAUGUUCUGGACUCACAAUGUGGUAGUGAGUGUAUUGGCAAGCAUCCUAGCUUUGGGCUCAUUGUCGCGGGGACAAACUACAAAUGCAACUUGCGCGCGGUCAUUCUCUUGGGCCGAGAAUUCACUUCAACAAUCACCUUGUCUCGUCGCUGCCCUGCUCGAAAGUCAAUGUGAUCCGCUCGGAGUACAAGUCCCUGCCUUGCCUGCUUCAAACCAUUACACCGGACCAAGUUCUGGCCAGGCGACUACCUGCGAAUGUAGUACAUUGACUUAUAUGUUGAUAUCUGCGUGCGGAGCAUGUCAAAACCGCACCUGGAUCUCUUGGCAGAAUUGGAGUCAGAAUUGCCCAAUAAUAGAGUUGAGCGUAUUUCCAGUACCAUUGCCAACCACGACUGAUGUUCCGUUGUGGGCGUAUAUGAACAUAUCUACGAUCAAUGGCACUUUUAAUGUUGAGGCCGCUCAGAAUAACGCAACCCUUUCCCAACCCACGUCCACCUCUGACAAUGCAUCCUCUUCAUCUGCAAGCUCACAAACAUCCCCUCUUUUCAUUUCUACCUCCAUCUCCACAUCGACAUCUGUUUCAUCAUCAACGACUACCGUCAGUCCCACUUCUUCAGUCUCUUCGGCCUCUCCGAAUCAUGCCGGUGCAAUCGCUGGUGGGGUUGUCGGAGGACUAACAUUGCUCGUCGCGCUCGCUUUGGUCUUUCUGUGGUUCUGCGUUAAGCGUAAACGGAACAGAGCUGAACCUCAACCCGUGAACGUUCAAACUCUGAAUGAUACUUCUCCCAAAAUGAAAACAAACAGCACCAGUCACAACGCAUCAAUGUCGACAGUUCCCACUCCCUAUACAUAUGAAACCCCCUCUUCCGGACCGUCUUCGAGCAUACACACGACGUUUGGUUAUAAUCCUUCUUUGGUCACAAGGCCUUACACAACGUUCAGUCACAUAAGUUACCCCGAAGGUCCCGAAAUGUGAGAGUGAGAUAUCUCCGGCCUGGAUUGAAUUAUCUCUUGUAUGUUUAGAUGAAGAUCGUCUCGUCCAAUCAUACUUCGGUUCUCGACUUUCCAUAUGACAUACAGCUUAGUGAGCUGUAAACCUAGACCUGUUUUUAUGUCAUUUGCGCCGUCUUGAACACGAUU